AUGAAUGUCUCGAGUGGAAGUCACUGGUUCAGAUCCACAGUGUCUGCAGCAGACAGUCUAUAUCUGGUUCCAACACCAGUCAGCACACCAUGGUACCAUACACCAUCGGAACGCUUGGUGCCAUUCAUGACGGACAAGUACUUCUCCGUCUUGGGCCCCGUCGUGCUCUACUGGCUGGCAUCAGCUUGGUUCGCCUUCCUGGACUACAUCCAGCUACCCUUCUUUGAGCAGUACAGAUUGCACGAGCCCGAAGAGGUGACGUCGAGGAAUCGCGUGGGCCCUUGGAAAGUGGCGGCCAUGGUCAUGCUUCAGCAUGCCAUACAGGUCGGCCUAGGCGCCAUGGUGCUGGAUGGCAGUCAGUCUGCGAUUGAGAACGCCAGAGAUCAUCAGGAGGGAAUGAGGGACAUUGCUGCCUACGUGUCCAGCGCUGCGCUCGGCUUGUUGGGUAAUUCAAAUGGUCUCAGCUUUUUGAAAGUGGCGGGUCCUUCGACAGUCCACUUUAUCUACUGGUGGGGCAUUCCAGUCGUUCAAUUUUGGUGGGCUUUGUGAGUAUCGCUGUGCGCGUACGAGCUGAAUGCGGAGUCGAUGCCAUAGCUGCGCACAGGAUAUGAGAGGCUUCUGUGGACUGCUCUUGCUGAUGCGUCUUGCCCUGAUCAUAGCUUUGUGAUGGAUGCUUGGCAGUACGGACUGCACCGCUUGUUUCACGAAAGCAGAUUUCUGUAUCGCCACUUUCACUCGCAUCAUCACCGCCUUUACGUUCCGUACGCUUACGGAGCGUUGUACAAUCAUCCACUAGAAGGUUCGUAGCUGGGAAGCAUCAUGGCGGAAAGAAAGCUGCCUCGAGAGAAGCAUACAUCCGCGCAUGCUAAGUAGCAAUCUCCCCACUCCUCCAUCCGCACGCUCACAGGUCUGCUGUUAGACUCUGCCGGCGCCGCGCUCGCCCACGCUGCGGCGCUGAUGACGAUCAGACAGGGAGUGGUGCUGUUCAUGUUUAGCACAUUCAAAACUGUCUGCGAUCACGGAGGAUACGCAUUUCCACCAUGGCUUGACCCUUUGCACCUCCUCUUCCCUAACUGCGCCGAGUAUCACGACGUGCAUCAUCAAAUGCAAGGCCUCAAGUACAAUUACUCUCAACCUUUUUUCGUUCACUUUGAUACCGUGUUUGGAACGAGGAUUUCAAAGGAAAAAUUCGACAAGCUCAAAGCGCUCGGCAAGGAAAAGAAAGGCACUUGGGGCAAGGACGCGAAGGCGGCAAGCGGAUCGUCCACGGCACUCAAGGACCCUCAUGCUGCCGAGGAUUUGAGACGAAGGCGAGGAGAGAAGAAUGACGGCCAGCACGAUCUACCGCCGGAAGAGGCUGUUCAAAUUGGUGGCGAUCCGCUCGUCACGACGAAUGCGGUAGAGUACGCAGCCAAGGCUGGCACCACAGUCUCAUAA